UCUCAUCUUCCCACUUCCCACUUCCCACUUCCCACUUCCCUGUCGCAUUCGACGUUGAAGAGGUCGCCGCCUUCUCUUCGCUACCCUCUCACAUCCUUCUUCUUUGCAGUCGCAGCCAUCCUCUUCGCAGCCUUCAUCUUCGCGAAUCUCGUCUUACCGGUCGCUUUCGACGAACGUAUUGAAGGUUGUUAAAGUGAGUUUUAUCAAGUUGAACGUACUGCCAUGAAUAUGGACCAAGUUUUUCACAUGGUGGGAGGUGCUGGAGAGAACAGCUAUGCUAACAACUCCAGGCUUCAAGAGAAGGCAAUCUUUAAGACAAAGCCAUUCGUGGAAGAAGCCAUAAAAGAAAUAUUGAAAACCCUCCCAGAAAAAUUUGUUGUUGCUGACUUGGGAUGCUCCUCUGGUCCUAACACAUUUCGUAUGCUCUCUGAAGUCAUUAAUGUUGUUGAUCAGCAUUGCCAUCAGUUAAGCCAACAGAAACCUGAGAUCCAAUUCUUUCUGAAUGAUCUUCCUAGCAAUGACUUUAACAAUCUCUUCCAAUUAUCAAUGCUCUAUGAGCAGAAUAUUAGAGAAGAGAAAGGGGAUGACUAUGUGCCAUUCUAUGUUGUCGGAUUACCAGGUUCAUUCUACGGGAGGUUAUUUCCUUCAAAGAGCGUGCAUUUUUUUCACUCUUCCUAUUGCCUCAUGUGGCUAUCUCAGGUACCAAAAGGGCUCGAGGGAGAAAAAGGUUAUCAAUUAAAUGGCACAGACAUUUAUAUCAGUAAAGAAAGCUCUUCUAUAGUAUCUCAUUUGUAUUUAGAACAAUUUAAAAGGGAUUUCUUAGAAUUCCUUAAAUCACGUUCUAAGGAGCUCAUUUUCGGAGGAAGGAUGAUCCUAUCAUUUUUGGGAAGGACUAAUUGUCCAUCUAGUGAAAUAGAUCUUUAUUUUUGGGGAGAUCUUGCAGAUGCUCUAAAGGCAUUGGUUUCUGAGGGGCUUGUGGAAGAGGAUAAACUGAAUGCCUUUAACUUACCAUUUUAUGCACCAUUAAUGGAGGAAGUGAAAUCUACAAUCAAUAUGGAAGGUUCAUUUCAUCUUGACCAACUACAAACUUUUGAGUCAAAUGAGGAUCCUUUUGAUGAAUCAAAUGAUAAUUUUGUGGUGGAUAAAAGUUUAAGUGCAAAAAAUAUUGCAAAAUACACCAGAGCAAUUUUGGAGCCUCUACUUGUAUCUCAUUUUGGAAAUGACAUUAUGGAGGAUUUAUUCUCACUUUAUGCAAAAAAUAUUGAAAAGCUCAUGUCUGCUGGGAAGCCAAAGGCGAUAGAGGUCAGAAUGCGGUCGGAGGGACCGUAGUCUGUGGGUGACAGAUGUCGAAAGGACCUUAGUCAGACGACAGUGGUAGGAGAGAUCAUAUUUUGCGAGUGAUGGUAGUCAGAAUGACCGUUGUCGAGUGACUGUGGUAGGAGGGACCAGAGCUAGCGACAUCAGUGGUUAGAAGGAUUAGAGUCGGCGAUGAUGGUCAGAGGGAUCGUAGUUGGCGGGCGAUGGAUGUGGGAAGGAUCGGAGUUGGGCAACGGUGGUCUAAGGUACCGUAGUUGGCGUGCAAAGGAGAAAGAAUGCUUUAUGAGAUGACGACGACGACGACAACAAC